AUGAAGGCCACCUUCGGAGGCGCCGCGCUGGCGCUCGCGUCCCUCGCAACCGCAUCGAUCCUCCCUCGCCAGAACUGCAACCUCCCAGCGGUAACCAGCGAAGGCAAUGCAUUCUGGGCAGAUGGCAAGCGUUUCUACGUCCGUGGUGUCGCAUACCAGCCCGGCGGUGCCGCCGAUGCCGCCGACCCAAUGCUUGACAUGCAGUCCUUCAAACGCGACGUUGAGGAGUUCAAGAACUUGGGCAUCAACACCAUCAGAAUCUACACCAUCGACAACAGCCAGAACCACGAUGAGGCCAUGGCACUUCUCUGUGACGCGGGCAUCUACCUCGCUCUGGAUGCCAACACUCCAGGGUACUCGCUGAACAGACAGAACAUCGACUCUCUCCACGCCUCCUACAACGACGUCUACCUCCAAUCCGUGUUCGCUACCAUCGACGCUUUCGCUGGCUACAGCAACUUGCUCCUCUUCUUCUCCGGCAACGAAGUCAUCAACGCCCGCAACAACACCAACGCCGCCCCAUACAUCAAGGCCGUCACCCGUGACAUGAAGAACUACAUCCGCGCCCAGGCCCCUCGUGAAAUUCCAGUCGGCUACUCCUCCGCCGACGUUGCCGAGAACAUCGAGGCGCAAGCCCUCUACUUCGCCUGCGGUGAGGACGACAUCGCCCGCUCCGACUUCUUCGCCUUCAACGACUACUCCUGGUGCGACCCAUCCUCCUACCAAGAGUCCGGCUGGUCUGCCAAGGUCGAGACCUACUCCAACUACAGUCUGCCACUCUUCCUGUCCGAGUUCGGUUGCAUCACCAACACCCGUGAAUGGAACGAGAUCGAGGCCCUCUACUCCCCAGAGAUGACUGUCGCCUACUCCGGUGGUCUCGCCUACGAGUACACUCUCGAGGCCAACGGUUAUGGACUGGUCGAGGUCCAGAACGGCAAGGUCGUACCAAACGAGGACUUCAAGCGUCUGCAGGCCGCCUACGAGGCUACUCCAAACCCAAGCGGUGACGGCGGCGCCCGCCGCGACCGCACCGCGCCAGAGUGCCCAGCUGAGUCCGAGGAGUGGCAAGUCGCCACCACCCUCCUCCCAGAGAUGCCAGAGGGUGCCCAGAAGUUCUUCAAGGAUGGCGCCGGGACCGGUCCAGGCCUCAGCGACAAGGACGGCAGCCAGUGGGCUGGUACUCCAUCCACCACCGAGCCAGAUCUCAGCAACGGUGUUUCCAGCACUGAGGCUGAGGACCCAAGCUUCUCCAGCAGCGCUAGCGGUGGCAACUCGAGCAGCGGUGGCGACCAAGAGGGCUCUGCUUCAUCGGCUCGUCCAGUCGCUGCUCUUACUGUGCUCGCUCUUGCUGGUGCCCUCGUUAUGGGCUUGUGUAAAGGCACGCGUCCCGGCAUUGAUCACAGUUUAGAUGAAGGCUUGGAUACUGUAAUGCUGGAGUACAGCUUCAUGUCAAUCAAAAUUUACGCAACUAUUCGCUUCGUUCCAGCAAGCAUGCACAAUGGUCAAGCAUCCCACGCCCUCAUCGACGGCACUUCCACCAACACCAGCUCAAUCCUCCACGCCAAACUAACAUCAACCCCCCCCCCCCCCGAAAUUGUCAAAGCCCACGGCAACUACCUCACCACCUCCACCGGAACCUCGAUCUUCGACGCCACAGGCGGAGCCGCAGUAGCAUGUAUCGGCCACGGCCAUCCGAAAGUCAAGGAAGCUAUUAUGAGGCAACUGGACGAAGUAGAAUACUGCUACGCCCCCUUCUUCACCACCUCGGCAUCCGAGAACCUGGCGCAGUUGCUGACGGAUUCCACGCGAGGGGAGAUGAGUAAGGUGUUUAUCGUGUCCUCGGGCACAGAGGCGAUUGAGGCGAGUCUCAAGCUGGCGCGACAGUAUUGUGUGGAGACCGGGCAGACGCAGCGGACAAGGUUCAUUGCGAGGUAUCAGUCGUAUCAUGGUAAUACGCUUGUCUCCCUGGACGUGGGGCACCACAAGGCUAGGAGGGGAAUCUACGAACCUCUCCUGAGCACGAAUGUUAGUCACGUCAGUCCUUGCUACAUUUAUCGUGGGAAAAGACCGGGGCAGAGUGAGGAGGAGUAUGCGGCGAGUCUAGCGGCGGAGCUUGACGAGGAGUUCAGGAGAGUAGGACCGGAAACGGUUUGUGCUCUUGUCCUGGAGACGGUCCCAGGUCUCACCCUCGGUGCUCCGCCCCCGCCGCCUGGUUACAUCAAAGCCAUGAAAUCCGUCUGCAACGCGCACGGCGCCCUGCUCAUCCUCGACGAAGUAAUGUGCGGUAUGGGCCGCACGGGCACGCUGCACGCCUGGGAGCAAGAAGGCGUCGUCCCAGAUUUGCAGACUGUAGCCAAGGGACUUGGGGCAGGGUACCAGCCUAUCGGGGCGUUGCUGAUUGAGCUUGUGAAAGACAAGACGACCAAGGAACAAUUCCCAGCAUCCGAAAAGGUCUCCGCGACGAUUCAUGCAACGCUACAGAAGGAAUUCGGAAUCUCCUUGCUGCCUGGAGGCGGAGUGGCUGACGGCACGAAUGGCGAUGUGAUAAUGCUCGCUCCAGCGUACAACUGCACGCUCGCCGACAUUGAACUGAUUGUAGAACGAACCGCCAAAGUAAUCGAAGCAGUUCUCGGUCCACAUUGA